AUGAGGCUUGAAUUUUACCCAGAAUUUAAGCUCUAUGUGCAUAUUGGUGAAUUUCGGAACAUCGAUCUCAGUCGACGAGGAUAUUAUCAGAUACGCUUCAAACUAAAAUCUACACUUCCAUCAACAAUUAAUGUUUACUAUGAACGGGCUUCUUGUCCCAACGUUGUUUAUCCUCCUUGUGUUGUUGAAGGUUAUUUACUUUUAAUAAAAUUUUUUUUAUAUUGUGCAAUCAGUAAAACAGUUGAAAUAAUUUUUGCUGACGAAAUUUUGACUAUCGAUGAUUGUUUUUAUUGUAUUAUAAAUGUUAGAAAACAUAUUGAAAGUUUCAAAAUAUUGCCUCUUCAAAUGAUAGUCGAAUUAUUCUUUCUCGAUCGUAUUUUCCCGCCAAAGUAUAUUUUUUGCUUGUUUUUCAGAUUCGAGUCAUUUUCUGCUAUUGCUCAACGAGUAUUAAAUAUUUCUUUAAGAGUGGAUCGUUCAUUUCAUGCUUAUCGCCCUUUAUUUUUUGGUUAUUCAUCUUUCAGUGUUGUUGCACUUAUUUUUCAUGCGUCCCUAAUUUCAAUUUCAAACGCUAAUAGGCGACAGUCGCCAUAUUUAAUAAAAAAUUCCAAAAUGUAUGAAAUUCAUCGUUGCAUUUGUGAAGUUACACUUUUAACUUAUCGUUCGAUGCAGAUUUUUAUGGAUAAAUAUAGCAAGCUUCUUUCUUCUCCUUUAACUAUCGAUAUUAUCGAUGUGGAAAAUAGAUCUCGUCAGUGUUUGUUGGCAUUACAGUCUAGUGAAAAUCCUUUAAUUAAACUUGAGGAGGAUCGAAAAUGUCUUUCGCAAUUUUUAUUUAAGCUUUUCUCGCAACUUAUUCAGGCUUUUUCUAGGUCUCGAGAAUUGGCAACAGCAUUAUAUGAUGAAUAUUGUCAUAUUCGCAUCAAACGAUUGGGAGAAGGCUUCUUCUUUUUGGAUGAUGGUGUGCAGUCACUUUUGGCUAAAGAUGACUCGUAUCAAAUCGUAUCGAAAAUAACCAAUUUAAUUAAAAAAGAACCUUACUUCUAUUCAUUACCAAGAACAGAUUUGCAUUGUGAGGGUAUCGAUAUUGAUUCGUCGAAUAUUACAAGCAUUAUUGAGUGGCGUUAUCUUCCCUCAAAUGUCUCUCAACAGAAAUCAGUUGAUCGUUCAGAUACUUCAUGGGCAGAAAAGCGAACAACUGUAAAGAGUAAUCGGCAAUAUGCAAAACUCAAUGGUUUUUGCUUUCCACUCAGUUCAACGUCUGAAGAGCCUUAUAAACUUUCUAAAUCUAUUAGCAGCCGAAGUUUUAAAUCUGUGGGCUUUUGA